GGGGGCCUGGCCAGGCGUCGCGGAUUCCCGAGAUGGAGGAGAAAGAACAACUGCGGCGACAGAUCCGCCUUUUGCAGGAACUGAUCGAUGACUAUAAAAAUCUCCAUGGCAGUGCAUCUUCACCAGGCCCCUCAGCUGCUUCCCGAUGGCAGCCACCAGCUUACCACGGUGGCAGGGCCUUUGGCGCCUGCUACCCUCGUCAAAACCGGAGGGGAUUCUCCUCACACCGUGGGCCUGAGUGGCGUAAGAAAUACUCCCUGGUGAACCGGCCUUUAGGAUGCUCAGACCAAGCUAGCAGCCCCGCUGUGCAGACAGGCCUUGGGGCCCAGAGUAGCCAGGACCCUGACCCGCAGCAGUAUGUUUUUGAGAGACAAGUCCAGCUAAGUGCAGAUCAGAACAUGGUUAUCAAGAUCAAACCGCCGUCAAAGACUGGUUCGACGAGCACUUCACAGGUCCAACCAGGCUGUUUGGAAGAGUAUAAAGACACCCCCUGGAAUGAUCCAGGACCUCAUAAGGCUGAGGGUGAGCCCACUGGUGCACAGCUGCAGCCUUCAAGGCCAGGAAGAGGAAGGGGGAGCUGCAGUGGGGACAGCUCACUUCUGGUUUGCCAAAAGGAGCCUGGCAAGCCCCGGGUAGUGAAGUCUGUGAGCAGUGUGAGUGACAGUCCCCCAAGGCCCCGGCGGACAGUCAGUGAGAGUGCACUUGCUGUCAAGGCACACUUCCCGUCUUCUGCUUUGCCUCCUGGAACUGGGGUGGCCCUCCGCCAGAAGGUGGGCCCUCAUUCUGCAACUAGUUGCAUUGCUCAGCUCUCAGAUCAGCCAACUGCUUCAGACUCAGUUAUGGCUCCAGCCAGACCAGCCUUAGGACCCAGGCAGACACGGGAGCCCUCACUACCAUUGUCUUGUCGGACCAACAAGUUCCGGAAAAACAACUACAAAUGGGUGGCCACCUCAGCAAAGAGCCCUCGUGUUACUCGGAGGGCUCUCAGUCCCAGAGCAGCUCUGGAGGUUGUGAGUAGGGGUGCUUUGGGCACAGCUGGAAAAACAGAGAAACCACAGCCCAGAGCCAACCCAGAGUCCAAGCCCAGGAAGCCAGCUAUGUCCUCCAAGCCUGGUUCCUCCCCCAGCAAGUACAAGUGGAAGGCCUCCAGCCCCUCUGCCUCCUCAUCUUCCUCUUUCCAUUGGCAUUCAGAGGCUGGCAGCAAGGAUCAUGCCUCGCAGCUCUCCCUGGUCCCAUCUCGGUCCCCUCCAGAGGACAGACCAGCAGUGGGACCUAGCAACUUGAAGUCCCUCCUUGGGGAGACCCCUCUCUCGGCUUACAAAGUGAAGAGCCGCACCAAGAUCAUACGGAGGCGGGGCAAUACCAACCUUCCUGGAGACAAGAAGAACAGCCCUUCAGUUGCCACCACCGCCAAGAACCAACUCAGCCUGCGGCGAAGACAGGCCCUCCGGGUGAAGAACAGUCCUAUUCUGAAGAAGACCCCCAACAAGGGCCUGAUGCAUGUGACCAGGCAUCGGCUGUGCCGCCUGCUGCCGAGCCGGGCCCACUUCCCCACUAAGGAAGUGUCCAACACACACACCCUGCGGACUCCACCUACCAGCAAAGUGAUCAAGACCCGCUACCGCAUUGUCAAGAAGACUCCAGCUUCUCCUGUCUGCACCCCACCCUUUUCUCUGCCCUCCUGGCGGGCCCGGCGGCUCUCACUAUCCAGGUCCUUAGUGCUGAACCGCCUACGUCCAGUAGUCACUGGGGCUGGCAAAGCCCCACCUGGGUCCCCUCGGUGGCGGAGCAAAGGCUACCGCUGUAUUGGAGGGGUCCUCUACAAGGUGUCAGCCAACAAGCUCUCCAAGACAUCCAGCCGGCUGGGCGACGGGGGCAGCAGGGCCCUCCACCGCGCAGGCCGAUUGGACCCUGCCAGCAACUGCAGCCGCUCCUUGGCCAGCCGGGCUGUUCAGCGCAGCCUAGCCAUCAUCCGGCAGGCUAAGCAGAAAAAAGAGAAGAAAAAGGAGUACUGUAUGUACUACAACCGCUUCGGCAGGUGCAACCGUGGUGAGCUCUGUCCAUACAUCCACGACCCUGAGAAGGUUGCUGUGUGUACCAGGUUUCUUCGGGGCACAUGCAAGAAGACAGAUGGGACCUGCCCCUUCUCUCACCACGUAUCCAAGGAUAAGAUGCCUGUGUGCUCCUACUUCCUGAAGGGAAUUUGCAACAAUAGCAACUGCCCCUACAGCCAUGUGUAUGUGUCCCGCAAGGCCGAGGUCUGCAGUGACUUCCUCAAAGGCUACUGCCCACUGGGUGCCAAGUGCAAGAAGAAGCACACGCUGCUGUGCCCUGACUUCGCCCGCAGGGGUACCUGUCCUCGAGGUGCCCAGUGCCAACUGCUUCAUCGCAACCAGAAGCAACACAGCCGGCGGGCAGCCCUGCCACCUGCCCCAGGGCCCAGCGAUGCAGCAUCCAGGAGCCGCGCCUCCACUGGCCAUGGGCCCAGAAAGCCAUCAUCGGCCCAUCGCCAUACCAGAAAGACAUCCAGUUCCCCCACCCCCAGGACUGCGCCCCCAGCUUCCCCUCCCCCUUCACCACGGGAGUUUGCUUCAGCUGCUCCCUUGUCAACAAAGGCUGCCUCCUCCUCCUCCUCUUCAUCCUCCUCUUCAUCCUCCUCCUCCUCCUCCUCUUCCUCUUCCUCUUCCUCCUCUUCCUCCCACUCCUUAGACCAAGAGGAACCUACUCUCCAGGAUGAGGCCACCUCGUCAGGGACAGGCUCAGGUAGCCUCUGCAGGCUACCAGCCUUCAUCUCCCUGCGGGCCUCCCCAAGCCCAGGAGGCCAACCCCGGGCCCCCAGGAGGCCCCUCGCCAAGGACUCAGGGAAGCCACUACACAUCAAACCACGUCUGUGAGGGACCCAGGGACCAUCCCGCACCUACCUCAGACUCACCCCCGGAGAGCUUGGAGGCUCUGCCCACCAUUCUGGCCCUCCAGGAGAAGCCACCUGCCGCCAAACCCAGGGUACCGCUCUGCCUGCCAGGCUCCAAGCUUUCCCUAGCCUAUAUGCCCAGGGCCUUGUCUUCCUCCCUCAGCCCAAAGUCUUACCCAGUCGGACCGCUGGACCUUACUUCCCCUGCGCCUCCCCUCCCCUUCGCACCUAGGACUCAUCCCCACCCUUUGCCCUUGCCCCUUGAGACAUGGGCAGGGCUCAUCCCACUGGGCAGUCUCCGGCUGUGGGUGUGGCCCUCAGUGUUCCACACCCAGGACUCCUCUGCCUGGGAAGAGCCCCCUGGUCAGGCCUCUCUGGCAGACAUUUUAUGUUCAGCAAUAAAGAUUCUGUCCUAUGUCAA